AUGAGCUAUCUUUUAUAUCUGUUUACACAUGAUGUUAAACAGAAGUUUAUGGGGGAAAUUUAGACAAAUCCAGAAUCUAAGAUCAGUUCGCAAAUUGAUUAAGAUAGCCUUGCCAAACUAUUUGAUAUUUACCAGUCUUUUCGGCAUUGAAUUUUGUGCAUAAUAUACUUAAAUUAGAAAUCUUUUCUUAUUGAGGGAUUUAAUAUCGUACUACCACAUUCAUUUCACAUGAAAUUUACAGAACAAAUAAAAUAGAAGAACAUGAAACUAUACAAAUCGAAAUCUUCUCUCUGUUUUUUUUUUCUUUAUUUUUGGGUUCUAUAAAGAAUAAACAAAGGUUUUAAGCAUCAAUUUGUUUAGAGAUAUACAUACUGAAAAAUACUCUUAGUUAUAAGUUUUAGAAUUAAGACAAAUUCAAGAAUGGAAAAAUGCAAGUAUGAGAAGAGCAUGAGGAAGAAGAAAGGCAACCUUUGACAUGGUAAUCUACUACUGUUAUUUUGUAAUGGAUAAAAAGAAAAAAGAAAAAAUGAUAUUUAACAAAUCAUCUUUAUGUGUGUAUUAUGGUGAAAAGUCUUAACUAUUUAAAUUUCUCAUUUUUUAUAUUGAUAGGAAUGAAUAAGAGUUUAUUCAGGACAUCAUUAAAUGGGUGGACUCGAUAAUGGUGAAUCGUACAUUUCUUAAUGUUGCAAAGUAUCUAGUUGGACUAGAGUCUCGUGCACAAGACAUUUAUGAGCAUUUAAGUAUGGGAAGGAAUGAUAUUAUAUGCAUGGUAGGGAUAUUUGAAACCGGUGGAAUUGGUAAGACUACUAUUGCAAAAGAGAUCUAUAACAAGAUAUCUUAUCAAUUUGAAGGAAAUUGUUUUUUGAAAAACAUUGGAGAAAAUUCAAAAGUAGGAGGUCUGAUCCAACUGCAAAAAACACUUCUUUCUGAGAUUUUGGGAAUAAGUUUGGAUUUUCAUGAUAUUGACAGAGGCAUCAAUGUGAUUAGGCAUAGACUUUGCUCAAAAAGAGUUCUCCUAAUUCUUGAUGAUGUGGAUGAAUUGGUCCAGCUAGAAACAUUAGCUGGAGCUCUUGAUUGGUUUGGUUUAGGAAGUAGAAUCAUCAUAACAACAAGAUAUCAACAUUUACUAAAUAUCUCUAAAGUUGAUUCAAAACACGAGUUGAAGAUUUUGGCUAACGAUGAAGCUCUUAAGCUCUUUAGCUUGCAUGCUUUUGAGAAAGAUGAACCACUUGAUGAAUAUGUGGAACUCUCUAAACAAGUAAUGCAAUACGCUUUAACAGUGGUAGGUUCAACUCUAAAAGAUCAAAGCAUUCAUCAAUGGAAAAGUGUAUUGAAUAAAUAUAAACAAAUACCCGACAUAAAUAUUCAGAGUGUACUUCGAGUAAGUUAUGAUGGGUUGGAAGAUAAUGAGAAGGACAUGUUUCUUGAUAUUGCAUGUUUCUUCAAAGGAGGACCUUUGGCUGAUGUCAUUAAAAUAUUUGACAAUUGUGGUUUCUUUCCUAAUUAUGGUAUCCAGAGACUUAUAGACAAGUGUCUUAUCACUGUUGAUGAGUGUAAUAAAUAUUUUUGGAUGCAUGACUUGCUACAAUAUAUGGGUCGAGAAAUUGUUCGACUACAAUCACCAAAAGAACCCGGUGAACAUAGUAGAUUAUGGUUUCAUGAGGUUGUUCGUCACGUGUUGGAAGAAAAUACGGGUACCAACAAAAUCGAAGGCAUUAUAGUAGAAAUGCCCAAAGGCGAGGAAACGAUUAUUUUGAGUCCCGAAGUAGUUGUACAAAUGAAAAGACUCAGAGUGUUUAUCAAUCGUAAUGCAAGAUUUUCAAGUGGACCUAAUUAUCUCUCUAAGGAGUUAUGA